AUGGUCAAGGAACUGGAUAUUACAUUCAACGCGUCAAGGAUUUCGUCCUCCCUCCUCCCUUCCUCCGUUCCUCCGCCGGCUCAACUACCCUUGAGCAAGGACACACCAAAAGCUGCAGCUGUAGAAUAUGUGAAAAUUACAAAACAUUGCUUACCUGGAGGAGCAGGACAUCCAAUGGUUGGACAAGGAGGACAAGUGACUACUGGAACUAUGGUAGAGAUGGCACAAACGAGUUCCUUGACAAUUGAAAUUCCUUUAUCUAAGGACACACCAAAAGCUGAAGCUGUAGAAUAUGUGAAAAUUACAAAACAUUGCUUACCUGGAGGAGCAGGACAUCCAAUGGUUGGACAAGGAGGACAAGUGACUACUGGAACUAUGGUAGAGAUGGCACAAACGUAA